GCGAUCACUCAUAAUCAUCUUUGCCAAUAUUUCUUACAUCUGUUUUCUCUUGUCUUAUACACAUGCCUCGACUUCAAGAAGAGGGAAGCGGUCCAGUUCAUGGCUUCUGGAUGUCGACAGUGGGUUCAGCCCGACCGACAGAAACUGGUACAGUUCACCAACCCACCGGUUUAGACCUAGCCAUGAAACUCCACUACAUAAAGGCGGUUUAUAUUUACUCAGCCGAGAUGACACGUGAUUUAACCGUGAUGCACGUGAAAGAGACCCUUUUCACAGUAUUCGACCAAAUCUCAUGGAUCACUGGCAGGUUAAGGCGGCGUGACUCGGGACGUCCGUUCAUAAAGUGUAACGACUGUGGCACGCGUGUUGUUGAAAGUCAGUGCGAUCUCACAGUGGAUGAGUGGCUAUGUGUACCGGACCGGUCCGUUGAUGAGUCUUUGGUGUAUCAUCAACCAGUUGGACCGGAGUUGGCAUACUCUCCUUUGAUCUAUAUUCAGAUGACUCGAUAUAAAUGCGGUGGAUUAGCAUUAGGCUUGAGCUGGGCCCAUAUCAUGGGAGACCCAUUCUCUCUUUCUCAUAUCUUCAGCCUAUGGACUCGGGCCUUAGCUGGAGAAGUGAUCUACUGCCCCCAAACCUCUGGUUCGAGAAGAGGCUUCCCAAAACCCAAUUCCACUGGCAAAGAACCUAAUUCCAUCAAACAGGUUGACCCGGUUGGAGAUCUCUGGGUCGCUCCGAAUAAAACCAAAAUGACAACAUAUUCCUUCAAAGUAACGGUCAACGAUAUAAAAACAAACUUUCCCGCGAAAGGAUUUGAGUUCGAGAUUCUUAGUGGGAUCGUAUGGAAAUGCAUAGCGAAGGCGAGAGGAGACUCGGAGCCGGUUACGAUCACGAUCGUCAGAUCUGACCCAAACGAACUGAAACCUAGAGCGGUGAGAAACUGUCAGAUGAUUAGCUCCGUUCACGUCGAUUUCUCGGUGGCGGAAGUCAAUUUGGAGGAGAUUGUGAAAUCUAUCGGAGAGGCGACCGAUGAGAGGUUCUGGAUCGAUGAGAUCGGAGAGAGAGAUGAUGGUGUUUUGGAUUUGGUCGUCUACGGUGCGGAACUGACGUUUGUGGAUCUAACCCAAGUUGAUUUCUACGAGGCGAAAAUAAGGGAGACGUCGCCGGUGUCGGUCUACUGUAAUGUUCAGGGGAUAGGAGAUGAGGGAGCGGUGGUGAUUUUGCCGGCGGCUAAGGAGGGGGAGAGGGUUGUGACGGUGACGUUGCCGGAGGCUGAGAUGGAUAAGGUUAAAUGCGAACUGAAGAAGUGUGGUUUAAUCACGCCAUUAGUUAACGGAGGAGGAUGAACAAAGAAAGUCCCCGUUGUUUAUUUUAUUUUCUUUAGAAAGUGUGUUUACAUUGCUUUCUAAUGUAUGAUGAGUUUGUGUGGAGGAGAUUGAAAUAAGACAAACAGUUUGUGAUCGUAGUAUAGGCAAUGAUGUUUGUUCGAAUGAUUAUGGUAAUAGUAAUGCAUACUUGAUUUUGUGCGA